UGUCAUCCUCUCCUAUAUUUCUCCUUUCAAAAUUGCUCCCUUUUGGGUCAUUAAUAUGAAAAUGGAUGGUGCAACCUCUAAAAGAAGCUAACUUCCAAAGUAGAAGGGCGUUAAGACAAAUGCAAAGUGAACAAAUUUUAUUGAAGAAUAUUAAAGCUGCGUGAAGAAGUUUGCAGAGUAAACAAUGCCACGCAAUCGAAGAACCAGAAAAGCCUAUAAAGCUAUGAACGAUAUUGGAGUCAAAGAAGCUAUGGUGAAACCAGUGUUGAAUAACCUUUUAAAAUUAUAUGAUAGAAACUGGACAUACAUUGAAGCUGAGAAUUAUAGAGCCCUUGCAGAUGCUAUCUUUGAAAGGGAGUCAGAGGUUGCACAGAAUAAAGAGUCUAAGAAUAGUGAACAAGGAGUUUUGGAGGAAGAAACCUUACGCAAGGAGUCUGAACAACCACUUAAGCGACAGCGGUUAAAACAUCAAGAUGAUCAACCUUCACUUUCCUGUGACAACUCUAGCUCCACCUUGGCUGAGGCAUCAUUCAAGAAGCCUAAAGUGAAGUGCAAUGAUGUAUCUGGUGAAAGUUGCCCGAGUGUCUUACAAGGCAUGGUGGCCUCACAUCAGCUCAGUCAUGGAGGGAGGGCAGCUCAAACCCCUUCUCCCUCAUAUCAGACAUACAGUAGAAGCAAAGGAAAGGAACCCAUUUUACCAAAACCUGUGGUGUUGCCAGAUAAAUCUCUUCCAACUCAGCCUGCUGGUGCUGACAGAAAUCAGACUAAUGGCUUGAGGAAGGCUAAGGCUGGACCAAAGCCUAGCUCUCAUCCAAUGCGGCUUAGAGAUAGACAAAGGAAACCUCAAACUCUUCAACCUGCCAGAGAUAAGACAUUGGCCCCUGGACAUUCUUCUCAUGUCUUACACCAAGAGCCAAAAACUGAAGCUUGCCCUGUGCUAACCCCACAGCAGAAAAUUCUUACUGCUCAUGAUUUUAUAAAGCCUAAGGAUGAGCCAUUCACUGAUGAUGCACCACACUCAGAGGUUCCCAUUGCUGUUAUCCCCUCUGAGUCAUUAUACAAGGAUGAUGUUCCAAGUGUAAGUGGUUUGGUAAAAGAUCACAGUGCUUCUGAAAACUUAGCAGCAGAUUCCAGUGGAGCUAUGGAUGGAACUUGCUGUAUUGCAACUUCAUCCAGUGAAAUGAAAACCAAUCAGCAGCUGAUACAACAACUUUCUCCUCCUUGCAAUGGUGUGGAUGACAGAUCACUACCUGAUGAAGAUGCAUCUGGGAACAACCACUGCAAAGUUGCUGAAAAUGGUCGAAGUGUUCUUGAAGAGAUGAAUUCUGAAAGUCCAGAGGUUGUGGAGUCACUUCAAGUAUCUCAUGAUAACACAAGCUCUUUAAAUGAGGGCAUUGACAUUACUAAGGGGCAAGAAAAGAUCGCAAUUUCAUUAGUGAAUGAAGUUAAUAGCAAGCAUCCCCCAUCCUUCCACUACAUACCUCAAAAUACAGUAUUUCAGAAUGCAUAUGUAAAUAUUUCUCUGGCCCGUAUUGGGGAUGAUCAUAGUUGUUCAACUUGUUCUGGUGAUUGUUUGUCAUUGUCCGUACCUUGUGCUUGUGCAUAUGAAACUGGGGGUGAGUUUGCAUACACCAAAGAAGGCCUUGUCAAGGAAGAAUUUCUGAAAGAGUGUAUUUCUAUGAAUCGUGAUCCAGGAAAGCACUGCCAGUUCUACUGCACAGAGUGCCCACUUGAAAGAUCUAAAAAUGACAACGUUAUAGAACGUUGCAAAGGUCAUCUAGUGAGGAAUUUCAUCAAAGAAUGCUGGAGGAAGUGUGGAUGUAAUAUACAGUGUGGCAAUCGUGUAGUACAACGAGGAAUUAGUCGAAAGUUACAGGUGUUUAUGACACCUGGAGGGAAAGGAUGGGGCCUACGCAGUCUAGAGGACCUGCCAAGAGGUGCAUUUGUUUGUGAAUAUGUUGGAGAAGUUCUUACCAAUGCAGAACUGUUUGAACGAGUUUCACGGGGCUCUAGUAGCGAGGAACACUCGUAUCCUGUGCUGCUUGAUGCUGAUUGGGCUGCUGAAGGCGUGUUAAAGGAUGAAGAAGCUUUGUGUUUGGAUGCUACCUAUUAUGGCAAUGUUGCGAGGUUUAUAAACCACAGAUGUUUUGAUUCAAAUUUAGUUGAGAUACCUGUUGAGAUAGAGACACCGGAUCACCACUACUAUCACCUUGCCUUCUUCACUACAAGAAAAGUUAAAGCCAUGGAAGAGCUGACUUGGGAUUAUGGAAUUGAUUUUGAUGAUGUUGAACACCCAAUCAAAGCAUUUAAAUGCCAAUGCGGAAGCAGGCUCUGCAGAAACGGCAAACGUUCAAGCAGAAGCAGGUCCAGAUCAAGGAGAUGAGAAUACAUCUGAUAUGAUUAUUUCAGCAGAGCAUGUUGUAUCACCCCUGCCCUAGAAAGCUGGUGGCUUGGUGAACCUUUAGUUCAAAUCAAUGGAUCUUUGUUGUGGAUUUUUUUUUUUAAAUUAGUUUAUUUAUUUAAAUUGCUUCUUGUUUCUUGAUAUUGAUCAGACCCUGUACAUUGUUAUUAAUGCACCCUGUUGUUCAAUUAUUUCAAUUCUGCUCCCAGCCCCAGCUUUAAUGAUAAGAUUCAGUUUACUAUCA